CGUCCCUUGUCGUUGAUUCAAAAACAUUAACUGCAACUUGAACUUGUUCCAAAGCCUUGAUUUUUGAGCAUUCCCACUCACUGCAACCAAAGGAAGGGGUUCCCUCUAGAGGGCGGUUUUCCGAUUUGUCGGAAACCGCUCUACCUAUCAACAACCAGUUUGAAAUCACUAGAAAGAAAGAAGAAGCAAUGGUUAUUGGGUGAAGAAGGGGGUAUAAUAAUGCGUUGCAUGGCUUAAGUUUUUGUCUGUCUAUGGAAUGUGUAUGUGCACAGGUUAUUGGAUCGGAUUUGUGUAAAUAAUUUAUGUGGGUGGUGAUGGCGGCGGCGGUAACUAGAAGAAGAGACGGUAUGUGUGGCGUCCACCAAUGGGCGUGGCCUAAACCCAGCAAAUGGGUGAAGGGGAAACUGGUUGGAUGUGGAUCUUUCGGGACUGUGCAUUUGGCGAUGAACAAAUCGACGGGUGGGCUUUUUGUGGUAAAGUCAUCAAAUUCGAGGGCAGGACGUGAGGCUUUGGACGAAGAGGUAAAAAUCCUGAAAAUAGUUAAUUCAUCGCCAUACAUUGUACAAUGUUUAGGGACGGAGGAGGAGGAGGGGAAGUUGAAUGUUUUUAUGGAGUAUAUGGCAGGAGGUAGUUUGGCAGACGUGGCUCACAAGUUCGGUGGGUCAUUGGAUGAAGAGGUGGUUCGUGUGUAUACCAGAGAAAUUCUUCACGGCCUAAACCAUCUUCACCUUCAUGGAAUUGUACACUGCGAUCUGAAGUGCAAGAACGUGCUUUUGGACCCACAAGGCAACGUGAAGCUGGCGGAUUUUGGAUGUGCGAGAAGGGCAAACGAGUUGAGAAAGUCAUUUGGUGGGACUCCUCUGUGGAUGGCUCCUGAAGUGCUGAGGAACGAGUCUGUUGAGUUGUCUGCAGAUAUAUGGUCCUUGGGUUGCACCGUUAUUGAGAUGGCUACCGGCAGGCCUCCAUGGGCUAAUCAGGUUUCAAAUCACAUCAGUGUUGUUCUCUGGAUUGCCCAUGGUGAUGGGAUUCCUCAGUUUCCACCACAUUUCUCCGAUGAGGGUUUGGAUUUCUUGAGCAUGUGCCUGCAGAGAGAUCCCCGUAAGAGGCCUACCCCUCAACAGUUACUUUCCCAUCCCUUUGUUACUCCCCAACAUCAUUAUGCUUCCUCACCCGCAAGCGUCUUGGAGGUUCACGAUUUCAAGGACUCUUGUGAUGUUCAUCACGAUUUCUCUCUCACAGACACACUUCCUUCUUCUUUCACUGAUUACUCCAAAGGAAUAGCUGCUGUUUGUAAAGCGGAAGACAGUGCUUUGGGCUCAUCGGGGAAUUGGAUUACAGUUAGAUCAGGCUGAAACAUUCAUCAUAGAAUUGUAUAUUUAGAUAGACAAUUUCAAAUGUACAGCAUUCUGUAGGAAACCCAUAGGAUCUCAACUUUCAAUGCCUUUUCCUUUGCCUUCUCAUUUCCCUUUUCUAACCAUUGCCUUACUCUUCUGUACCCACAACUUUGUUAUUAAGGCAUAAAUAAUGCAAGGUUCCUACACACUGCAUGUCAUUUUUUAUAUUAAACCAAACAUUUUAAUACU